AUGGGCUGGCGCAUAUUUCUACGGUACUUGGCAGUUCUAUCUAUCAACGCAACCGCAGCUGGAUGUACAUUCGGUUGGUUUGCUUUCGAAAAUAGCGCAACCCGGCACGACUGGGGCUCUGCAAGAUUCAUGUCAGCAGCAUACGUCACCGGUCUUCUUACAUUCACAAUAGGGGGUCUCCUAAUGUCCCUUUUACUAGCUAGACGCUUAGAAGUCUCGCUUGGCCUUGUUUAUGCAUUUCUUGUGAUGUUCAGUGGAGAGCUAAUAGGAAUCGCGUGUCUUAUCCUUGGAGUCCGGCUUUUUCCUCCAUUCAUACUUCUGGGCCAAGUCAUACUUAACUUUUUCUGCGUUGGGUCGUACACCUUGUCGUACCGACUUGAAGAUAAGCUCUCUCGGAUCCGGGUCUCCGUAACAAUUGGGUUUGCAAUCUCGAUCCUUGUUUACCAGUUGACACAGAUCCCUAUUGCACCAGAGCUCUCCUUGGGAUGCUGGCUCAUUCUCCACGGGGUUGCAGCGGGAUUUUUCCUAUUAACCAUGUGGCGUAUUGAGAUUGCUCCUGUGUUACCUUCGAAGCUAUGCCAGCAGCUGAAGCUGGUACUGCAUAGAGGGCUAGUCUGGAUUUCUGCGGUGCUGGUGCUUAUUGUGAUUCUAAAUCAGAGCUAUUAUUUUCAAACGUUUAAUCAGCGGAUUGAUAUCUUCACAGUGGAUAAGCAACAGAUUCUGGUGAUUGUCCUCUCCGCAGCACAGGCUCUGUCGUCUCUGGCUGGACUCAUUACAGCCCUCCCUCUAGCACCAGCCGCAGUCAUCUCCACAUUCCUCCUUUCCAUCUCAGGUCUUUCACUUUGUUUCCCAUCGACGUUUCUUAGCACUGCAAUCAUGAUGGGGCCUAUGACCUUGGGGGCAACGGGCGCGCUUUCUUCAGCAAUGGGGAUUCUCUAUUUGGAGACACGCUGCGUAGAAGCAACUGCAUUAUGCUAUGCUGGAAUGGUUUUGGGGAACGUUCUUGGCUAUGUAUUAUCUGCCUUUUACCGUGCUUUCUCAUGGAUAGAUUGCCUUGUCGGGGCCAUCACGCCUCUUUCAGCUCUUUGCGCUGUUGGUUUAAUUCCACUGCAGCGUCUUCCAAAAGUAGAGCAGAAUUUUGAGGAGGACAGUAAGAAUGAUGUUGAGGAUUUGAUGGAUUAUAAAAAUAAUGAUUCGUCUUCUGUUUCUGUUGAUAAGUCUUCACAGCCUUGA